AUCAGUCGAGGAUAGAUCUUAUUGGAGUUGGAAGUGUUAGAUAUCUUUGCCAAACCGGAUAUUUGAGAUUUGUGCCAAGAAGGAAGAAGCUAGCUACAAUGAAACACAUCCUCUCCACGUCGGUUAUAGUUUCGCUGCUUGUCAUCUUUACCGAUGCUCAAACGUUCCAGUAUUCUCGUGGGUGGACUAAUGGAAAACGAUCUUCCGCAGACCCAGCCGGUUCGAACCGUGCCUUGUUGUCUCACCUCACUGGAAUGGAAAAACCUGAUGAAGAGUGUAGAUUGCUGAUUCAGCGUUUCUUAAAGUCUCCAUGUGAUGUCCGAUUAGCGAAUGCCAUAGUGAACCGCAAUAAAGAUCUUCUGCGGGAGAUGUCGGAAGAUGUGAACGAUGGAACGGCUUUACUCUACGACCCUAGCCCUUUGGUGGACAGUGUUGCCAAUGACGAUGUUAGGUUCAAACGUGGAACUCUUGAUCGGCAUCAGCUGAACGAUGUCAUCCGGCAGUAUUAAAUCGUGCGCAUUUCGCAGCUGACUGGUACACUAUGGUCGAUGGUAUUAAGCUGGAAGUAGCAUCGACCAAUGAACCGUGGUGUAGUCUAAAUCAAAACAUCUAAGGAGGAAUUUUGAUAUUGAUUAUACAGUUUUGGUUUAACGAGCGCGACAUGUGCGCAUUGUUUUUGAUUUUUUUUUCUAUCCGUUCUGAUUGCUACGAACAUCAACAGGGAUGGACAUCAUCUGCUUGUGGGGUUGCGGUAGAUUGUUUGUGUGAGGAAAUAAUAUACUGUUACUAGUCAGACGGUGUUUAUGGUAGCUAUAUAAGGUAAAAAUUAAUGAAUCUAUAUUUAUGGAUGAA